CUAAAUCCCCCACACUCUAGCAUUUUUUCCCAGUUUCGCAGACAGUUUCAACUUCAACCACGCGCCACCGUUACCAUGGUGCAACACCGUUUCCUCCUCAUAGCAUACCCAAUACAAGGGCACAUAAACCCUGCCCUCCAGUUUGCCAAGCGACUCAUUGGCAUGGGUGUACAUGUCACUUUCGCUACUAGUGUUUACAAUUACCGUCGCAUGACCAAGAAAUCAACCGUCCACGGCCUCUCCUUCGCCACCUUCUCCGACGGCUACGACGACGGUUACAACGCCAACGACGACUCCGACUUGGUGUCGUACAUGAAGGAACUGAAGCGUCGCGGGUCAGAGUCUCUCAGAAAUAUCAUAUUCUCCAGCGCGCAGGAAGGUCACCCUUUCACUUGUUUGGUCUACACACUCCUCCUUCAAUGGGCUGGUGCGGUGGCGCGUGAGUUUCAUCUCCCGACAGCGGUGCUGUGGAUUCAACCAGCCACUGUUUUUGAUAUCUACUAUUACUACUUCAACGAAUUCGGCGACUACAUCAGCGAUAAAUCAAAGGACCCCACAUGUUUGAUAGAAUUACCAGGAUUGCCAUUUUCUCUCACAACCCGUGACCUUCCCUCGUUCCUAUUGGCCUCAAAUAUGUACACUUUUGCUCUUCCAUCGUUCAAAGAGCAACUCGAAGAGCUUGACCUUGUAACCAACCCAACAGUACUUGUAAACACCUUUGAGGAGUUGGAAACGGAGGCCUUGAGAGCCGUUGAUAAGUUCAGAAUGAUACCAAUCGGACCGUUGAUUCCCUCUGCCUUCUUGGACGGUAAAGACCCUUCUGAUACCUCAUUUGGUGGUGACAUCGUACAUGUGGUCUCAAAUGAUGAUUACCUUGAAUGGUUGGACUCAAAGCCUGAGCUGUCUGUUAUUUAUGUUUCAUUUGGUUCACUUGCUGUGUUGCCGAAGAGACAAACGGAGGAAAUUGCACGUGCGUUAAUAGAUUGUGGACGUCCUUUCUUGUGGGUCAUUAGAAAAAAGGAAAAUGAAAAUGAAAAUGAAAAUGAAGGAAAGGAAUUACAAGAGAAGGAGAAGGAGGAGGAGCUGAGUUGCAUGGAGGAAUUGGAGAAGAUAGGGAAGAUAGUGAAAUGGUGUUCUCAAGUGGAGGUUUUGUCACAUCCUUCUUUGGGUUGUUUUGUGACGCAUUGUGGAUGGAAUUCUACCUUGGAAAGUUUGGCUACAGGGGUUCCUACUGUGGCAUUUCCUCAGUGGACAGACCAAGCUACUAAUGCAAAGCUAAUAGAAGAUGUGUGGAAGACAGGGGUAAGGUUAGAUGGUGAGGUGAAUGAAGAAGGGAUAGUGGAAGCUAAGGAAAUCAAGAAGCGUUUGGAAGUGGUGAUGGAAAGUGGAGAAAAAGAAGAGGAAUUGAGAAAGAAUGCAAAGAAAUGGAAGAGUUUGGCAAGGGAAGCCGUGAAGGAAGGAGGUUCUUCGGAUAAGAAUCUAAGGACUUUUCUGGAUGAUGUUGCUGACAACUAAGUUGUUGAUUUGGACUCUUGUGGAGUUGUGUAUUAAUUUCUCUUACAUGUGGUUGGGUCACUCCAUAAAGAUUGAUUAGUUUGGUUAAUGUAGCUCUCCGUGUUGUGGGGAUUUGAAUAAAAAAAAAAUUAUAUUGUGUAUAAGGUGCGUAAUCAUGUUGAUUUGCCUUGGUUAGCUAGGGACGUAGAAAAACUCGAGUCUCUGGUGUGUUUUAGCAUAUU